AUGGCCGAAGAUGUGAUGGAAGGCACCUCUCCAGCUCCAGCUCCAGCUCCAGCUCCGGAGAGCCCGUCAGCGGCGGGCAAGCCGGCCGUAAAACAUCGAAGAACGAGAGCCGGGUGUUUGUGUUGUCGCCUGCGGAAGAAGAAAUGUGACGAGCGUAUGCCGACUUGCCAGGCGUGUGAACGGAACUACCUGAUCUGUACCUGGCCACCACCAAAGCCUAGUAGGAAACGAGGCUCGCACAGCGCUGGUGACGGCGGAGGGAACGACAGUAGAAACCCUGCCGCCCUCUCACCCGGGAAUUCAACCCAAGGCUCGUCGACGCUGGAUAUCAACGAGGAUCGGCGGCGAAACAAUGACGACCUGAACAACAGAGCAUUCUCCGUGAACCCAGCCCUGUCCUCCCGGCUUGUGGUCUCCCCGUCUUUGCAAGCGAUGAAUAUGGUCCUGGCUUCGCCGUCCCAUGGAGUGCUCUAUCAGCACUACCUGAAGCGAACGGCCAACGCUGUGUCGGCCUGGCAAGACCAGACGAAUCCUUUCAUCAGGUUCAUGAUGCCAAUGGCCGUAUCCGACGAUUUACUUUUUCAGAGCAUCAUGGCUUUGAGUGGCGCUCACUUUAGUCAGCAACCUCAUGCUUCUGUGGAAGCGAAGUCGUGGGCUUCAACACAUGAGACCUUGGCCAUUCGCGGCCUGAAAUUCCGUCUGACCAGACAGGCAGCUGGUCAAGAUGACGCAUUGGCGUUGUUGGCCACGACUCUAGUUCUCUGCCUGCUUGAGACGAUGAAGGGCAGUUCCAACUCCAACGCGUUUCUGCAUCUCAAGGGAGCCAGGGCUUUGUUGAGUCAAUGGAUUUCAACUCCACCGGCGAGGUCUGACCCGGAAAUCCGUUCAUUCAUCGUCGAGCUUUAUCUCUACUUUGUUAUCCUGGCAAGUACACCUCUGGGGCCGGAAUCGCACCACCUGAUAGUGCAAGAUGCUCUCACUUUCUUCCCCUAUCUAAAGAACAGAAGAUAUCCCGGUCCGCUACUCGGUUGCGCCUAUGAGCUCUUCGAGUUAAUCCCUCAGGUGUUCAAAUUAGCCAAGGAAAGAGCCGAUGAAGUGAAGAUGGGGAUCCCUCUGUCACCCCAGACGGUAGCUGCUUUCGAGGGUGUCCUUGCGAAGAUUCUUGCUUGGACUCCCCCGGCAGAUGCCGCGAACGAUUAUGUCAGGUGCGGCCGAAUAUACCACCAAGCGCUUCUCGUCUUCCUCUUCACUUCCUUCGUCGAGUUCGACAAUCAGCCGGUCAACCUUGACGAGCUCGUUGGGCAAGCUUUCGAGGUGCUGCGGGAAGAGCUGGGCCAUCUACCUCUGGGCGCCCCGAUCGCAACGACUCUGAACUGGCCACUGGCCGUUCUGGGCUCCUGUUCCAAGCUACCGGAACAUCAAGAUCUGAUACGACGGCGCCUUCAGGAUUUGUGUGACCGUUUGCAGAUCCCGUGCUUUGGCCAAAUAUUGCAUAUCUUAGAAGUCCUGUGGAAGAGCUCUCUUCCCCUCAGAGGCAUGUCGUCUUUUGAAGCCGUGAUGAAGCAGUUGAACAUGAUUGUCUUGAUCUCCUAG